GGAGGUGGGGGGUGACUGAGGUUUCUAUGUCGGGGAUGCUGUCCUCUGUAACAAGGAGUGGGUGUGGGUGUGGGUGCAGCGAGAGGUGCCUAUGCACACGUGUCAGCGUGUGCAUGUGCUAAGACUGCUAUAGAGUGUGAGUGAAUGGAGCGGGGGUGUGUGGGACUGGCUGCUUUGUGGACUGGCCACUCAGACUGGCGCCUGUGCCUUUAUCAGACAGACUCAGGCUGUUCUCUUGUGGCUAGUUUCUCUUUCUAGGAUCCCAGAACUAGAUCCCCCCUCCCUUGUGGUCUGACAUCUGAGCACACCCAUUGCUGGCUGGCAUCCCAGAGCUGGGGGCUUGACUGUGUCUGUCGUUUGCUCUUUGCUAACUGUGUGGAGGAUCGGGCUGGGGCUGCUGCCUGCACUGCGUGUGCUCCUGCACCCUUUGGUUCGGCUCCCACUCUAGUAGGCAUCGCUGCACCAUUUGGAGCAGGCAGCCCAUUGCGGCAGUGCCUGUCUCAGUGAGGGCUCGGCUGGCUCCGCUGCCUCGACUGCCUGGGUCUGUGCUUGCAGAGGGAUGUCUGCCUGCCGUCUGCUGCCCUGUGGCUAAGGAAAGACCCCCUCCACUUUGGUGACCAAGUUAUGCCAACACAGUUCCCCAUCCCUCCCACAGCUGUGGAUAACAAUAGUCUGAUCAUCCACCUCCUGUAUUUUCUUAUGCCAUUGAAGAUGCCUGGUGCAAGGUCUGAAGAUGCCUGUGCUGUCCUGAGAGUGUUCUCUGUGCCCAGAAAGCGUGGCCCUUGCGGCUAGAUCUGCACCAGUUGCCCUAUUGCUGAACCAGAGACCUUUGGGUGGUCAGAUGGUGUGAGCAUCUGAUGCUCGUGGGUCACGGCCUUGGGCACGCCGUGCCUACAGAGGCAGUCCUGGCAGUGAGUGAGGAGGCUCUUGGCCAAGAGGGGACAUGGGGUGGUCAGAACCUUGAGGUCGGUGGGUAUGGAGUUAGUGGAGUUAGCUUUUGGUUGACUCCCCUAUGUGCGUGUUGGUGCUGUAGCUGGGAACCUCCAGCACAGGCCUAGGGAGAAGGGACCAGCAGGCAGCUGAGUCUUCUAGGUCUGGCCUCAGAGAGCGUGGGGGUUAUUGCCUGUUUGUCACCUCCACUGAGCCUUCCUUCUGCAGCCUUGUGCAGUGGCCUGGCAGGCUAGCUGCUGUAACCUGUCCUGCUCACCCCAGCAUUGCUGUGGAUGGAGGCCCCAGGCCACCUUGCUGUGGGUUGGGGGGCUGGUGGUUGCAAUUUGGGCCUUUGACUCAGCUGCUGCUGACCCCAUACAAAGCAGCCAUGGAGGUCUGUGGUCUGGGGCCAUAUGUGGAGAGGAGGUGUGUAGGAUCAGGGUCCUUGGGCAAGAAAAGACCUUACUACUGGAGGAGAGGCAGGUAUCCCUUUUUUUCCUCUUCCUACUCUUUCCUUUUCCAAGGAAGUGAUAGCAUCAUCCUCAUCUCCGCCCCUGCCAAGUUCUCUUCACUGCCCUUCACUGCUUAGUUGCCUCGGCUCUGCACGGGCCAAGAACCUCCCACCCUCCUGCAGGAGUGAGGCUCCAUGUGAGAAGUGUCUUGAGGGUCCCAGGAGUCCAUAAUUGUAGACUCUCACGUUUGCACAGAGGCUGGUGUUUCACAGAACACUUGUAGAGCACUUAUCUCUGUGAGUGUUGGGGCAGCUGUGGCUAGCCAGGGUGCGGACCCUUUAUCACCCCGUUUGUAGACUCAAAGCCUCUCAGAGGUAGGAAGGGACUUGCCUGUAAGUGGGAAGAGUCAGACUCAAGUCCUCCAAAUUCUAGAUCCUCUUUUCCCUCUUUUCUAGAUUCUCUUUUCCCUCCCAAUUCUAGAGCCUCUCCUCCUGGACAGUUUGUCCUGUCCCUGAAUAUAGGCCUGGAACAGGGUUGGAGGUCUGAGCAGCUGGGCAGCCAGGAAGCCUCAGUAACUGGCCCCUACUCAGACUGGGCCCCUUCCCCAGGUGACAGCCAGUUCCUCUCCCCCAGCAAGGCCUUUUCUCUCCCAAGUGACCCCACAAGCAGGGCCAGAAGACAGCGGGGAGCAGCAAGGCCCCUGGGCAGAGGGAGCUGGCCGGUGCUGCUGGGCUCAGAGAUGAGGGCUGCUCCCCCUCCCUUUUCUCCUCUCCUACCCUCUGGCCCGCCAGGCCCUGCCUACUCGCUGUCCCCUAGAGCAGUGGAUUUUAAGGAAGCUUGGCCCCUCCCUGCCUGCCUGCCUUUCCCAAUCAGCCUACCCUGUUUCUCCCCCUUGGGAUCCCUGCAUUCGGCUGGGCCCUCCCUGGCACUGUGAAGGUUAAGGCCCUGUCAGUUCCGGAGUUCGUCUUACCUCCCAACUCUGAUGCUCCUUCCCUUGAUUUCUGGGCUCCUUUGAACUCCCCCAGCCCCCUGCUCGCAGCCAUCCCAGGGUCUCCCCUGCUCACAGCUGCACUUGGUACAGCCCGUGCGGCCCCAGGGGACUGGCUGCAGCUUCACUCGGCAAACGGGCAAGGGGCACCGGGCUGCUGGCCGGAGCUGCCUGAACUCUGCAGGUAGGGUCCAGGCAGGGACCAGGCUGAGCAGGGGCUGCGUCCUAUAUCUGGGGCAGGUACCUUCCUCCCUUUGUCCAGCCUUGGGACCAGACCUGGAGUAUGGGGAAACCGGCACAGAGACUUUUAAGGCAGGCUACCUAGGCAGAGCCUCCAACCCUUCCCUAAGCCUGGGUGGAGAGGGGAAAGGAGGGUGCUAGAGGAAAGCACCCCCACAGCUGGCUGGGAGAGCCAAGCUUCCCGCUGUGCUGAGCCCAGGGAGGGUCCUCUGGGGGUGGGCUGGGGCUCAGGCAGCCCCUGUAGACUAGCAGCCUCCAGGUCUUCAGUGCCAGCCUCCUGUGGUACAGAUGAGGAGCUCCGUCCUUGAUGGAGAAGGACCCCUGGCUUCUGAUACUCCCUUCCCCAGGGCCUCCGGCCCAGAUCCUGGGGCCUCUGAGUGGCGCAGACUGUUUGUGGCAGCUCCCUUUGGAGGGGCAGCCAGCAGUGGGAGGGGCGGGCCAGGGCCAGGCCACUUCUUGGCAGCCCUGGGGUCCUGGGGGAGAGGCAGGCCUCUAGGGAGGAGGUAGGGUUCCCCUGCCAACCAGGUCCUCCACUUACUCUCCUUUUCUUCCCUUGAGGGCUGGUCUGCUGGUAAGAGCUGGGGGGCAGCUGUGGCUUUCCCUGUGCUCCAUAGGUCUGGGAUGUCAGAGGCUCGGGGUGGUCUGGGGGCCCCUCCGCUGCAGUCUGCCCGAUCCCUGCCGGGCCCCGCCCCCUGCCUCAAGCACUUCCCGCUCGACCUGCGCACGUCUAUGGAUGGCAAAUGCAAGGAGAUCGCCGAGGAGCUGUUCAGCCGCUCGCUGGCUGAGAGUGAGCUCCGUAGUGCCCCGUAUGAGUUCCCUGAGGAGAGCCCCAUCGAGCAGCUGGAGGAGCGGCGGCAGCGGCUGGAGCGGCAGAUCAGCCAGGAUGUCAAGCUGGAGCCGGACAUCCUGCUUAGGGCCAAGCAAGAUUUCCUGAAGACGGACAGUGACUCGGACCUACAGCUCUACAAGGAGCAGGUCGAGGGGCAGGGUGACAGGGGCCUGCGGGAGCGUGAUGUGGUGCUGGAACGGGAGUUUCAGCGGGUCACCAUCUCUGGGGAGGAGAAGUGUGGGGUGCCGUUCACAGACCUGCUGGACGCAGCGAAGAGCGUGGUUCGGGCACUGUUCAUCCGGGAGAAGUACAUGGCCCUGUCGCUGCAGAGCUUCUGCCCCACCACCCGCCGCUACCUGCAGCAGCUGGCUGAGAAGCCUCUGGAGACACGGACCUACGAGCAGGGCCCCGACACCCCUGUGUCUGCUGAUGCCCCGGUGCACCCCCCUGCGCUGGAGCAGCACCCCUAUGAGCACUGUGAACCAAGCACCAUGCCUGGGGACCUGGGCUUGGGCCUGCGCAUGGUGCGGGGCGUGGUGCACGUCUACACCCGCAGGGAACCCGAUGAGCAUUGCUCAGAGGUGGAGCUGCCAUACCCCGACCUGCAGGAAUUUGUGGCUGACGUCAAUGUGCUGAUGGCCCUGAUUAUCAAUGGCCCCAUAAAGUCAUUCUGCUACCGCCGGCUGCAGUACCUGAGCUCCAAGUUCCAGAUGCAUGUGCUACUCAAUGAGAUGAAGGAGCUGGCUGCCCAGAAGAAAGUGCCACACCGAGAUUUCUACAACAUCCGCAAGGUGGACACCCACAUCCAUGCCUCCUCCUGCAUGAACCAGAAGCAUCUGCUGCGCUUCAUCAAGCGGGCGAUGAAGCGGCACCUGGAUGAGAUCGUGCACGUGGAGCAGGGCCGCGAGCAGACGCUGCGGGAGGUCUUCGAGAGCAUGCACCUCACUGCCUACGACCUCAGUGUGGACACGCUCGACGUGCACGCGGACAGGAACACCUUCCAUCGCUUUGACAAGUUCAAUGCCAAAUACAACCCUAUUGGGGAGUCUGUCCUCCGAGAGAUCUUCAUCAAGACUGACAACCGGGUUUCUGGGAAGUACUUUGCUCACAUCAUCAAGGAGGUGAUGUCAGACCUGGAGGAGAGCAAAUACCAGAACGCAGAGCUGCGCCUCUCCAUCUACGGGCGCUCAAGGGACGAGUGGGACAAGCUGGCACGCUGGGCUGUCACGCACCGCGUGCACUCUCCCAAUGUGCGCUGGCUCGUGCAGGUGCCCCGCCUCUUUGACGUGUACCGCACCAAGGGCCAGCUGGCCAACUUCCAGGAGAUGCUGGAGAACAUCUUCCUGCCUCUGUUUGAGGCCACUGUGCACCCUGCCAGCCACCCGGAGCUACACCUCUUCUUGGAGCACGUGGAUGGUUUUGACAGCGUGGAUGAUGAGUCCAAGCCUGAGAACCAUGUCUUCAACCUGGAGAGCCCCCUCCCCGAGGCUUGGGUGGAGGAGGACAACCCACCCUACGCCUACUACCUGUACUACACCUUCGCCAACAUGGCCACGUUGAACCACCUGCGCAGGCAGAGGGGCUUCCACACCUUUGUGCUGAGGCCACACUGCGGGGAGGCUGGGCCCAUCCACCACCUGGUGUCAGCUUUCAUGCUGGCUGAGAACAUCUCCCACGGGCUGCUUCUGCGCAAGGCCCCGGUCUUGCAGUACCUGUAUUACCUGGCCCAGAUCGGCAUCGCCAUGUCCCCACUCAGCAACAACAGCCUCUUCCUCAGCUACCACCGGAACCCGCUACCCGAGUACCUGUCCCGUGGCCUUAUGGUCUCCCUGUCCACUGACGAUCCCCUGCAGUUCCACUUUACCAAGGAGCCGCUGAUGGAGGAGUACAGCAUUGCCACCCAGGUGUGGAAGCUGAGUUCCUGUGACAUGUGUGAGCUGGCCCGCAACAGUGUGCUCAUGAGCGGCUUCUCCCACAAGGUAAAGAGCCACUGGCUGGGACCCAACUAUACCAAGGAGGGCCCCGAGGGAAAUGACAUCCGCCGCACCAACGUCCCAGACAUCCGCGUGGGCUACCGCCAUGAGACCCUGUGCCAGGAGCUGGCGCUUAUCACGCAGGCCGUCCAGAGCGAGAUGCUGGAGACCAUCCCGGAGGAGGCGGGUGGCGCCACGAGCCCAGGGCCUCAGUGA